GAACCCGCAACCUUCCGCUCUCUGGGCGGACUCUGUUACCAGUACACCAUGGAGGCGGUCCUGUCUAUUGGUACAUUUAAGAGCUCUUAUCUACUGUUUACUUAUGCUGUUGAAAAGGAACUGUUAUCUGGUAAUCUAAAAGCUUUUGUCUCAGCAUACUUGGAUCCACCUGUGAAUAUAGAUUUGCAUGUAUUAUAUUUACUUCUUAACUGAUUUGUGUAUUGUGUGCACUGGAACUUAUUUGUUUUGAUUGCUUAAAUGUGGUCAGUGUUCGGACUGCCUGUGGUGUUAUCAAUUAUGAAGAUGAGUUGAGAGCUAGUGAAAAGGAGAUAUGUUCAACAUCAGCAGCAGAAAAGUGCGCUAUUCCAGGAUUUUUGGUAAUGACACCACAUACGAUAUUCAGAACAACGUUCAUGAACAACUCGUAAAUCGGUCCAUCCCAAUGGUCUCUGGUUACUAUGGCGAUGAGAAGUAUUCCCACUGCCAACUGUAUCAGGAAACCAAUAUCUCCAAUAUUUGGUCGGUUUCACGAAAUAUCACAGAGCCUUGUAAUGCCUGGGUGUACGAUCAAUCACAGUUCAUAUCCACGAUUUCAGAGAGGAUGGAUUUUGUCUGCGAGAAAAAGUCCUACGUGACCCAUGCCAAGAUGCUCAGUAUGUUUGGACAUUUGGUUGGCAGUCUCAUCAACGGGCCUUUGUCAGACAUGUUUGGAAGACGACCGGUUAUAAUCUCUAACAUGUUUAUGUUGGUGCUUCUCAGCAUCUGUCUGGUGUGGUCCAACACGGCCCCGGUUGUCCUUUUCCUUGUUUUCGCAAUCAACGCCUGUUGCAUUGGCCAGUAUCUCGUGUGCUUCGUAUUUGGCAUGGAGAUAGUCGGCCGCUCCAAGCGUAUGUGGGCAGGCGUGGCCAUGAACCUCUUCUGGAGCGCGGGGAACAUGGUGUCAGCUCUUACAGCCUAUCUCUUCCGGGACUGGAAGACUCGACAGCUGAUUGUCAGCAUCCCGGCAGUUGUCUUUGCUUAUUUGUAUUUUAUCCCAGAAUCUCCGAGAUGGCUUCUGAAACAUGGCAGAAGUGAGGAAGCGAAAGUGAUUGUUGCAAAUAUUGCGAAGAAGAACAAAGUACAAAUAGAUACAAAUAUUCUCAAUGAGGUUGAUGUCGAAAAGGAAGAGGCAAAACAAGAACCAUUCUGGAAACUUUUGAAGUCUUCUGUGAUGAUGCGUCGAAUGACCAUCAUCUGCUAUAACUGGUUUGCAGUUGGAAUGGGUUUCUUCGGCCUCAGCAUGAACGUCACUAACCUAUCUGGUAACAUCUACCUCAACUUCUUCUUGUUCAUCGUCGCAGAGGCUCUUGCAUACAUCUCCUGUUUUUUCCUAAUGGAUCAUGUUGGUCGCAAGGUGCUCCUGUGUAUAUCUCUGUCACUAACAGGGACAGCGUGCAUUCUUCCGUUGAUUCCAGUACUAGUUGCAGAUACACCGGAAAAAUGGGCCAUCAACACCCUUGCCAUUAUAGGAAACAUGUGCGCCUCUGCUGCCAUGUGUACCGUCUACACCUUCACAGCUGAACUCAUGCCGACCACGUCAAGGACAUUUGGCAUGUCAAUGAGUUCUAUAUGCUGCAGAGUUGGGAGUCUACUCUCUCCAUACAUUGUUGACCUGACGAUGUACAUAUCAGGACGGUUUGGUCAGAUUCUCCCAAUGCUGAUAUUCGGGGGUAUCACAAUCUUGGCGGCACUUCUGUCUCUGCUCCUCCCUGAAACGCUGAACAAGAAGCUACCGGAAACCAUAAAAGAAGCGGAGAUGCUCGGGACGAACGAGUACGAGGAGAACACUGUAGAUGCAUCUCUUGCACCUGCUGAGCUGAGUCCUCUUCAGUCUCAGGCGAAAGAAAGUGUGGUUUAAGAUUCUAACGAUGUAAUUUUGUCUGAAACAACACACAUGGAUUUGAUAUUAGAAACUCGAUGAAGCCAUGCAAUAAAUAUACCGAUAGCGAAAACCGAAGUACAAACAGAAUAUAUAUCGGCACGUUGGAGGUUUAUCUUUUUUGAAGCGACAUAGCGGAAGAAUAAACGGUUCCCAGAUCGUAAAAGCGGAAAUUAACAGUGGCCUUGCACUU